AUGUCAGCCUGCACCGAGACGGCCCUCGCCUCCGGGCUGGCCCAGCUCAUAAAGGAAUGGAGCCCCGAUAAGAUGAUGUACCAGUUCAAGGCUGCUCACGACUGGCUUGAGUGCCCCUUUGCCCACCGCGGCGAGAAGGCGGCGCGCCGCGACCCCCGCACCCACAGCCAUGUCGCGGUCAUCUGCCCAGACAUCCGCCGCAGCGGCCGCUGCCCGCGCGGCGACAGCUGCCCCUACGCCCACUCGGUGUUUGAGCUGCACCUGCACCCCAGCCGCUAUCGCACCCAGCUCUGCACGAUGGGGGCGUCCUGCCGGCGGCCCGUGUGCUUCUUCGCGCACACGCUGACGGAGCUCCGCAGCGGCAGCGGCGACACCGCCUCCGCCGCUGCGGCCGUCGCCGCCGCAUCCGCCGCAGCCUCAGCGCCCGCCAGCGACGACGCCAUCGUCCCGCCGCCGCCGCCGGGCUCUGCUGCGGCCGCGGCGCCGCGUGGCUUCUCCUUCGACCUCGCUGCCGAUGGUGGCGCGGCGUCGGCGGCCGCGAUCCGCGCGGCCGCGGCCGCCCCGGGGCGAGGCCGCAUGUCGUUCGACACCGCCGUCGGCGCGGCCGCCGCCGCCGCCGCCAACGCCGCCGGCGGCGUGCUGCCGACCAGCGCGCUCUGCCGGCCCGCCGACGCGCUGCGGCUGUCGCUGCCGCCGCUGCUGCCGACCGAGCUCGGCUUUGCUUCGCACGAGGACGCCGCUGCUGUCAUGGCGAUGGCGUCAAUGCAGGGCGGGUCCCCCCGCUCUGGCAGCCUCUCAAGCUCCUCCCUCUCGCUGUCCGCGCCCUUCACAUCUGUGUCGUCCCCUCCGCCGUGGCUGGUCGCCGACGCGCACCACCCGCAGCAGGUCCGCACCGCGCUGGCGCUGCUGGAGCGCGCCAACAGCGGCAGCAGCGCCGGCGCGUCGGGCUCGCCGGGGCGCGGCGGGCGGCGCGGCGGGCUGGACGGCGGGUCGCGGCCGCACCCGUCGCCGGUGGCGAUGUCGUGGACGGGCCAGACGCUGCUCGGCUCCGGGGCGUUCGACCCUGAGCAGCAGCAGCGCUUGCUCAGCGCGCUGUUCGUGCAGCAGCAGUGCGAGCAGCUGGCCGCGCAGCAGUGUGAGGCGCUGGCGGCGCAGCAGCGGGAGCAGCACGCAGCGCUCUUGGCCGCGCAGCAGCGCGAGCAGCAGCUGCUGGCCGUGCAGCAACAGCAGCAGCAACAGCAGCAACAGCAGCAGCAGCAACAGCAGCAACAUCAGCAUCAGCAGCACCAGGCUGCGGCAGCUGCAGCGGACGCGCGGGAGCAGCAGCGCCGCGCUGCGCUGCAGGCGCUCUGGCUGCAGGAGCGCCGCGCCGCCGCCGCCGCCGCCGCCGCGGUCGCCGCCGCGCGGCAGGAGAGCGAGGCCCUCGAGGCGCUGCGCUGCGCGCUGGCGUCGCAACAGUUUGAGGCGCACCACGCGCUGGCGGCGGGCGCGGCGGUCAGCGCGGCGCCGGCGGCGCCGCAGGUUUCUGCUGGCGGCCCCGGGGACUACCUGAGCCUGGGGACCCACCUGUCAAUGCUGCAGCUCCCGCACCUCUAA